AUGGCGGUGCUGGCCCUGGCCAGGCAGCGGAGCAAGCCGGUGAAGGUGGUGGGAGGUGGCCACGCGCCCUUGGACAUCGCCUGCAGGGAUGGCUUCAUAAUCUCCGGAGGCAAGAUGAGCCGGAUCCUCCAGGUGGACAUGGGGAAGAAGCAGGUGACUGUGGAGGCUGGUGUCCUCCUGGCUGACCUGCACCCACAGCUGGAUAAGCGCCACCUGGCCUCGCCCUCCUCCUCCUGGCCUGGGCCCAUGUCAGGCGUGACUGCAGCUGGUGCCAUUGGGCCUGGAACGCACAACACGGGGAUCAAGCACAGCAUCCUGGCGACUCAGGUGAGUCCACUUGCUCUGCCGCCGGCCGACGUGGCCAUUCUGCAAUGCUCUGAGUCCAGCCAUGCAGAGACGCUCCAGGCCAUGCAGCGGCACCUGGGCUGCCUGGGAGUCGCCAUCACCCUGCAGCGUGCGCCCCAGCCACGGCAGGAGACCUUCUUCCCCUCCACCCUGAGGGAAGCGCUGUCCCUUGCUUGCCACCACUCAGCCUCAGAAAAUAAAUGGAGCAUGUGGACAAGCAAGCUAACGGAUUGUUCCGUGUGCUUCGCACACCUUCCUGCCGGCCUCAUGGGCUGGAUCAAUCGCUGCUUCUUCUGGCUCCUAUUUACCGGGAAGAAAGAGAGCAGCAACCUCAGCCACCAGAUCUUCUCCUACGAGUGUCGUUUCAAGCAACACGUCCAGAACCGGGCCAUCCCCAGAGAGAGGACUGAGGAGGCACUGCUGGAGCUGACGGCCAUGCUGGAGGCCCACCCCACGGUGGCGGCCCGCUUCCCCGUGGAGGUGCACUUCCCCCCCCCCUGGGGUGACGGCAUCCUGCUGAGCCGCUGCUUCCGGAGGGACAGCUGCUACAUAAACAUCAUUUUGUACAGGCGACCAGCUCGCUGAGAGCAAGGAAGAGACGUGUGGCGCCUGGGCUACUGUCUGGGUUCUGAGAACAUCAUGAAGAAGGUGGGGGGCAGGCCUCACGGGGCCAAAGCCCAUAGCUGCACCAGAAAGGAUUUUGAGAAAAGGUUCCCUUACUUUCCAAAGUUCUGUGUGAUCCAAGAAAAGCUGGCCCCCUCUGGUGUGUUUCUGAAUGCAUAUCUGGAGAGGGCGUGUCACUGGAGCAGAAACCGGAGAGGAGUGGAGCCCACCCACUCAUCCCCAGGCCCCCCUCUGAGGGGGCUGUAG